GCAUGAAUGGCGUUAUCAAGGGCCGCACGCGCAAUGAGGAGAGAGCCAACAACCAUCAAGCUCCUUUCCCCUCUCACCUGCAUGGCCGCGCUGUGGUCCGCCAGUGGGACGGCCCGGAAGCCGCCGCUGUUGGAGCUGUUGCCGCAGAGCACCAUCCUGCCAAGUUAGCCCGCAUCCCUCUUGCCGUCGGCAGCGUCGACUUUCUGAUAGACAAGAAGCGCCUCGGCAAAGGAUGGGACGAGAUCUUGACCAAUGCCGACCGAGCUGAGCAGGACACCUUUGCUGUCCUCAACGACUGCAGCAGCAGGAUGCACUCCUUCCUCAUCAAGAAGCGUCUUCCCGCCAACAACUACGUUUCUAUUCUGCCUAAGACCACCAGGAGUGACGGCAUCCAGGAGCAUGGGAUGGUGCGGCGUGAGUCCAUCUCCUGUUCACGUCGGAUAGCCAUCCAGACCAUCGGCUGGAUGGAUGAGAAGAUGCGCCCCAGCACCAGACACGGGCCGGUGGGUGGGGAGGGCGGUCUCCGCAUCGAGCGGCGGGAGAGCAAAUACCAUCCGACUCCGCCCAUGAGUGAGGAUCGUUUCCGGGCGGUGUUCGGCCAGCAGGCCCAGGCUGGCGAGAUCCCUGGGUGGGUGCUGUACAGCAUCAGGGGGGGGGGGAUGGAGGGGGAGGACGCGUUGGCGGUGGUCGGCAGGCUGUUCGGCGCGGCGUGGAUGGCGGAUGGACGGGUGCGCAAAGUCCAAGGCGGGAGCUAUUGCAAGGUGCAUUCUCCGAUGGAAUAGAAGCACGGCAUUCAUGUGCGUG